CCGCGGCAACAAAUGCGGCUCGCCAUUCUCAUUUCUCUCUCCAGAAGAUAAAAAACCCUUUUAUAUUUUUAUAUUUUUAUCACUAGAAAAAUCAAACAAAUAAAAUUUUCAUUUUCAUUUUCUUUUCUUUUCUCGCUCUUGUUUUUUCGGGGAAAUUGAUUUCACCGUAAUAGGAGCCAAGAAAAACAAAACAGAAAAAUUCCGAACCCGUGAACUCUUUUACCUGCUACAAAUGCAUUUCUCUCUCUUUUCUCACACUUUUUCUCUGCUAAACUCGCAAACACGAACACUGUUUCUCUCUCUCUGAAGUGAAGUAAUGAAGCUUCAUCUUCAGAUCUCGAGCUGAAUCACCGAUCUCUGUGUGUGAGAGAGGAGUUGGAUUAUUGAUUCAUGGAAACGCGGAGAUGAAGUUCUACAUAUCAACGAAGGGGAUAAAGAGAGUGACGAUAUCGAACGGCGAGGGAAAGGGAUCGGCGAAGACGACGGCGGUGGCGGCCGGCGCCGGUCGCCGGAUAUCGGCUCGGACGGUGUUUCCGGUGAUGGUGGUGCUCGGGAUCGUGCUGCCGUUUCUGUUCGUGAGGAUCGCGAUCUUGAUGCUGGAAUCUGCUGCGGCGUGUUCCUCAUUGGAAUGUGCUGGGUGGAGGUUUUUCAGUGGAGUCGACACGUCACUGGAACUCAGAGAUGAGCUGACCAGAGCGCUAAUAGAGGCAAAUGAUGGUAAUGUUAAUGAGGGAGCAGGGUCGUUCAAUGAACUUGUGAAAGAGAUGACCUCAAAACAAGACCUUAAGGCUUUUGCUUUCAAGACCAAAGCCAUGCUAUCACAGUUGGAACGCAAGGUGCAAUUAGCAAGACAACAGGAGUCGGUUUAUUGGCAUCUAGCUUCUCAUGGUAUUCCUAAAAGUCUACAUUGUCUAUGUCUAAAGUUGGCUGAAGAAUAUUCUGUAAAUGCUAUGGCCAGAUCUCGUCUACCCCCUCCUGAAUUUGUAUCGCGCCUUGUUGACCCUACCUUUCACCACUUAGUUCUCCUAACUGACAAUGUCCUUGCUGCCUCUGUUGUUGUAACCUCUACAAUUGAAAGUUCAAUCAACCCAGAAAAACUAAUUUUUCAUAUUGUUACUGACAAAAAAACUUAUGCUCCAAUGCAUGCUUGGUUUGCCACCAAUUCUAUUAAAUCAGUUGUGGAAGUUAGGGGAUUACACCAAUAUGACUGGUCUGAAGAAGUGAAUGCUGGUGUUAAAGAGAUGCUAGCAACUAAUCACUUAAUUUGGAAGCAAUACUAUAAUAAGGAAAAGGACCUUGACUAUACUCAAGAGAAUAGCAGAUAUUUGGAGGCUUUAAGGCCCAGCAGCCUAUCCUUGAUGAAUCAACUCCGCAUUUAUUUGCCUGAGCUGUUUCCAGAUCUCAAAAAGAUAGUAUUCUUGGAUGAUGAUGUUGUAGUACAACAUGACAUAUCUUUUUUGUGGGAACUAGAUCUUAAUGGCAAAGUCAUUGGUUCUGUAUUCAAGUCGUGGUGUGGAGACGGCUGCUGCCCUGGAAGUAAAUACAUAAACUACUUGAACUUUUCACAUCCUCUUGUUGCAUCAAACUUUGACGGUGAUCAGUGUGCAUGGCUCUAUGGCAUGAAUAUUAUUGAUCUUGAAACUUGGAGGAGAACAAACAUUACGGAGACCUACCAUCAAUGGUUGAAACUUAACCUCAAGUCCGGGAUGACAAUGUGGAAUCCAGGAGUGCUUCCACCUGCCUUGAUGACAUUUGAGGGUCAAGUGCAUCCUAUAAGUUCAUCAAUGCUUGUGACUGAUUUAGGUUAUCGCCAUCAAUCAGCAGAAAUUAGCAAAGAGAAAUUAGAAGCUGCAGCUGUUAUUCAUUUCAGUGGCCCUGCAAAGCCAUGGCUUGAAAUUGGUUUCCCAGAGGUUCGAAGUUUAUGGAGUAGAUACGUAAAUAUCUCUAAUAAGUUUAUUGGGAGAUGUAGAAUUACAGGGUGAAGGAACAAAGUUUUUUCACCUCCCAUAUUUAUUGAGAUUGAACAGUGAUACUGUAUGGGAUUUCAGAGGGAAGAAGGUUCUGCCUUCAGUCUCUGACUCAUACGCUCUGCACAGUUUGAUAUGAGUUACGCUAUGCCAUGUCCAUAUAAUAUAGUAAAUAGAUGAAGCUACCACACAAUACCCUACUAGAAGCAUAUCUGUGGUUAAGAAAGAUAUAAGCAUCAUUGAUCUAGCUGCCUGACAAUACUGUAAACUUCUUUUUCAAAUUACUUUUUGAAGUGGAGAAAUUGUAUUGCAUGAUUUGAAAUUUCAGUUAGUGGAUUCUCAAGUCUUGGUACAUAAAACUCUCAGGUAAAGACGUGAAAUAGGUUAUCAUGCAGCUUUGAGAGUUCAUGCGUGUUUGGAAACACGUUCCCUACCCAACAAAUCAUGUCAAAUGGGUUAAAGACGUGAAAGCUAGAACUAGGAACUUCUAUUCAGAUGUGAGAAUCCAUGUUCGUGAUGUAUGACCAAACACGCUAUUCAUCCCUUUGGUUUUUUAAAUGCUUAUUCUAGGAGCCAGUCAAAUUAGUUUGUGCAUUGCUUUACAUCACUUCCACUUGUGUGUACGUGGAGCUUGUUACAAAGAAGACUAAAUGACACACGAGUUUAACAUCUGUCCAAACUCAAGAUGUAAAUGACGUAAAACAAAUGCGGUGUUCAACUCAACUCAUGUGGAAAAAGAUCUCAUGCUGCUUUUCCUUAUUUUGGUCUAGGGGCUGGCUCACAAAAGGCAAUUUCUGUGUUGACCCUUGUGCAGUUUAUCACUAUGAAUGAAAUGGCCGUGGAAUAUUAUGCAA